AUAAAGGACACAUCUAUGUCUGGGAUUGCCAGCAAAUAUGGCAGCUCUGAAAUGCCUCAGUCUCCCUCUUGUGAUCUGUGCUCUUGGCAUAUAUGUCCAACUGAACUCAGCCCAGCAGACGGAAAUGCCCCUUGCUCGGGAACCUGGCAUUUCUACAUGGACAAACUGUGGUUCUUCUGAUAUAUUAAACAUCACCAGUUUCUCCAUCCCGAGCCAAAUCACUAUCCCAGGGUCAAUCAAUGUGUCUUUCCUGGGUGAACUUAAAGUCCCAGUGAGUGCUCCUCUCAAGAUUGCCGUUCUGUUGAGGCGGAAAGUCUUUGGUUUGUGGGUGUGGCUCCCAUGUUUAAAUGGAUACGGAAGCUGUACUUAUAAAAAUAUCUGCGAGGAUAUAAAUGAGAUCGGCGAGGAAGGCGGAUGUCCGCUGUUAAUUUCACUGGCUGGAGGGUCCUGCGUCUGUCCUAUUCAACCGGUGGUGCUUCACCUGCCGCCCACCGUCUUGAACAUUAGCGACGUCGAGGUGCCGUCGUUCCUCGCUAACGGAGAAUACGAAGUUCAGAUUACCGUUUCCAGCGGCACCCAGGAAAUCGCCUGCCUCCGCACCAGCUUUCAUCUUAAACUGCAGUGAUACGUCACCUUUUCCAGUUAAUUAAUAUCUCUAAAUAAUUUCCGGGUUCAAAUCUUCAGGGCGUGUUGUUUUUAACGAUGGCCCGUUGAAUGUGAUCUGGUUAUUAAACGCAACAUUAAAGGUUGAAAAAUAAAAUAAGAGUUUCACAAA